AUGGCGGGCGCGGGAACGGGCGCAGUGUUUGCGCGAGAGGGAAUGCAAGUGGAGGCGGUUCCCGGAACAGGAUUUCUCGCAAAUGGGAGGCUGACUGGAGGCGCGGGGAAGUUCUCCGCGGAAGAAUCGGGGGGAAUUCCGCCGGUUGCGGAAGCCCGCGCGGGUGGCGCGGGGGGCGCGGGGAGCGAAUGGUCGGCGGAAAAGUACCGCGUCUUUGUGGAGAGUAUCGUGGAGGAGAGCGCGCGGCUGGCGGAGCAGCAGCGCGGGGAGGGCGGAAAUCUGGGGAGCGGGAAUUCGCAGCAACAUCAUUUAAAAACGCAACACAUGCAAGGUCAAAGCAGGCCGCGGAACCAACGGGCAGGCUGCGGAGGGGCAAUCAACGGAAGGAGCGCAGCGGGGGGAGCGCACGGUGCCGCUGCUCCGCCCGGCGCGGACGGCGAAACUGGUAACGGCGAUUCUUCGCAGGCUGCUGCGCUGGCUUCGGUGUUACAGUUUUUCGCGGACUCGUUGGCGCAACACGAGGGGGGCGCGGCGGAAAUUCGGCCGUCUCCAUCAAGCAGCGCGCAGGCCAAAGCGCGCACGCCGCGCGCCACGUCAGAUCCCGCGGGAUGCGCGGCUCCGCAAGACCGUGGAGGCGCAAGCGGCGGCGGAAAUUGCGCCGCGAACGGCGCUGGUGGAGCGGAAUGCGCGAGCGCGUUGAGCGCGGAUGCGACAGGCGGCGCGGCGGAUGCAGCGCGGGCAGCGGAGAAAUCUUUUGGCGGAUGUCACCCCGCGCCCCACCAACCUCCCCCCUGCGCGCCACCAUCAGUCCCGCCUCUGCUUCCCCCCUGCGGGAACCACCUCAACACCACUCACAUACCUGCCCGAAAUACUGCCCCGAUUUCUGCGCCGGGCAGAAAGAAAUUCGUGCUCGUGGGGGCUCCAAACCCCUCAGCUGCCCCUCCUCCUCCUGCUGCUGCUGCUGCUGCUGCUGCUGCUUCAUUUUUCCCUCCGGGGAACUCUGAUCCGAUAGCAGAAAAUGAAGUUUUGAGACGUCUCAAAACUGUUCCGAUAGCAGAAAAUGAGCCCCACGCCUCCCCGUCCCUUCUCGCUCCCUCUUCCCUGCUCGCUCCCCCUCCCCUGAUUGCUCAGCCUCCCCCGCUUUCUUCCCCCCACUCGCUUGCUACCCCUCACCCGCGUGCUUCCCCUCCCCCACAUGCGGAAAAGCGAGUGAUGCAACGUGGACAAGGAAUGGGAGGAGGAGGGGGGGGAGGAGGGGGAGGAGGAGGGGGAGGGGGAGGAGGAGGGGAGGAUGAAUUUGUGCAAGAGUUUAUGUUGAGGGCUGAUAGUGAGACGCUCAGUGGAAGCACACUGUCAGAAGGGCAGCAGCAGCAGCAGCAGAAGCAGGGGAAGGAGGAGCAGCAGCAACAACAACGGCAGCAGGAGGAGCAGGAGGAGGAGCAGCAGGUGCUGCAGGGGUGUGACUAUAUGCAAGCGGGUGACUACGUACACGGUGAUUCUAACAAGCGAGGGGUUGCUACAGGGAUGGAGUGUGACUUUGCUGAGAAUACUGCUGCUGACUGUGGUGCUCCUGUUGGUGUUUCCAUGCCGUUUCAACCCUGCAACCGCGCAGCUGCUGGGCCUUUUGAGGCGCCUCAAAAUGAGGAGGAGUUUAUAGUGAGUGGUUCGGAGCAUGGUUUGUGGCUGUCGAGCCUGACGGAUUUCCAAACCAAGAAGCUCGAGGAGUGGUUCGGCACGGACCUGAACCCGUCUCCGGAGCAGAGGGCGAGCCUCGGCACCAGCCUCGGGCUGCUGCCGCAGCAGAUCGCCUCCUGGUUGCAUCACCGUCGCCUGCAGAACACAGUGCAGCAGCAGCAGAAAGAGCUCGAGUCCCUCCGAUCGGCCUUCUCCCGACUACAAGCAUCAGCGAGUGGCAUGAGCGGGGAUUACGAGCUUCUUCAAGCUGACUAUUUCACUCUGUUGGACAAGAAGGAAGAGCUCACAAGCAAGCUUUCUGACGUGGCAUCCAGGCUGGCAGCAAAGCACCGUUCCUCAAGCUCCAGCAAUCCAGGCAGUUCUGGGGGAGGGGUUUCCCAGACAGGUGUAUUCCGGGCAGCUUCUGCCGAAGCAGAUGUCGAUCGGGCAGGCUGGAACCGGGCAGGUGGGUCACCAAGGGAGGGAGAAGAGCGGGCAGCAGUUGCAGCAACGGGAAAGAAAAUUAUGGGCAGUCCUCUACCUUAG